AUGGAGAAUCCGAACAUACCAGCUAAUAUUCUUCUUCGAGCGCAGGUAUAUGUUGACCUUAUUGGCGCAUGUUUAAAUUCAACAACCAGACCUCUGGUAUUAUUUCUACGCAGUUACGGUGUCGUAACAUGCCCAAUUCAAGCAGUGAUCGCCACAUUUACUACCUUCAGUGCUGGCUAUGUAACUGGGCUCAUGGCAUCGGACCGAUACAUUGCACUCUCUCGACCAUACACUUAUACCUCACUGGUAACGCCGCUGAAGGUAUACAUAUUGCUUCUGAUCGUAUUGCUGACUGCUACUACAAUGGCGUUACUGCCCGUUUUGGGGUUCGGCUCAUACCAGUUCAGUGUGGAAGAUAGAGUGAUGUGCAAAAGCAUCUCGUCUUUCAUCAAUCCGCUUGACAAAACUUAUUUCAUCGUUUACAUCACCAACUCGGUUAUACUCUUGACCAGUGUUAUUUACUGCAACGUGGCCAUGGUACGACAAGUGUCGAAACUUCACAAAUUAAUUGAACCAGCAAGUCAGCCAUCGUCGUCUACAAACGGAGAUCGACGCGUGAUGCCGAAACUGACAAAUGAAGUUCGAUUUGCUGCGACAAUCGUUAUGUUAUCAGCCGUGUUCUUGCUUUGUUGGGGAACAUUUAUGAUGCAUGAGAUAUGGAUGGCCGCAACGGGAGGAUUCAGCAUAACAUUUCUACAGACUUCAAUAUUAUUGCUUAUAGUGAACCACACUAUUGAUCCACUGAUUUACGUCUUAACGCGAAAGCAAUUCAGAAAUGGCAUAGCAGAGCUGUUCGGGUGCUGCUGUAGAAGACUUGGACACGUUUUCUGA